CUAUAGAGUUGUGAUCCUCCCAGAUUCCUAGAACGGCCGGACGAGGGAGCAUCCGAAACGUGGAGAGCUUGUGGGGGUAGUUGACAGGCAGUCUCUCCAGCACUGAAGAAUCAGAGUGGCGUCUUGGACAUGGGGACCGAGUGGCCUACUGUUCUGGAUAGCUAGUCUGUGCUCACUGGGCCUUCUGUUCAACUGCAUGCACGUCCGAAAUGUUGGGGUGCUAGAGGAAUCACAAAGUGAAUGAACCCCCAGUAAUCAGCCUGCGGAGCUGGAAAAGAGAUAGCUGACUUAAGCCCUAGUCUCAGAAAUGACAUCUCCUCUGUACAGUGGUUCCAAUCAGAACUCAGGGCUACCACAUCGCCUGCAGGCUUCAGACACUUGUGUGGACAAGAAGAUCUUACAGAAGAAAUGGUAAUUCUCCACUCGUUUCCUGAGGUGUCCAGUUGUGCCCACGGAGAUCCAGUUCAGUUGUGACUCUCAAGAGCGUCACUCUCUGUCAGGUUGAGAGGCUUCUUUGUUGGAUACCUUUUGCUGAAAAUGUACAAAGAACACAAUAUAUGUGCAUACUGAGCCCAUUCAGGAAGGUCUAUCCCAAUGUUUCUCCCAGAUGGUGAGACCAAGAUCAAGAUUGGAGAGCCAGCUUCAGAGAAGGAAAUGACAGGAAACAUUGAAACGUUGGCUGAAGAACCAGGCAGCCUCCAGGAGGAUGUUCUCCAGAAUUCCAGAGGCAAAGAAUUCUGUGAACUGGGGGGUGAAUUGAAUGAUCAACCCCUCUUAAGAAGAACACAGUAUACCUGUGAUGAAUGUGGCCAGCACUUUGCUUGGAACACAGGUCUUAUUAGACACCAAAGAACUCACUGGGACAGACCUUAUGAAUGUGAUGAAUGUGGAAAGGCCUUUCGUAUGCGCUCAGCCCUGGCUCUGCAUCAGAGAAUUCAUACUGGAGAGAAACCCUAUCUGUGCAAUUGGUGUAUUAAAAGCUUUAGUCGGAGCUCAGACCUUAUUAAACAUCAAAGAGUUCACACUGGUGAAAAGCCUUACAAAUGUCCCGAGUGUGGGAAGGCCUUCAGCCAGAGCUCAGAUCUCAUUAUACACCGGAGAAUCCACACAGGAGAAAAGCCCUACCCGUGCAGUCAUUGUAAUAAAAGCUUUAGCCAGCGCUCAGACAUGGUGAAACAUCAGAGGAUCCACACUGGAGAGAAGCCUUAUAUGUGUAGCCAGUGUAAUAAACAUUUCAGCCAGAGUUCUGAUCUUAUAAAGCAUCAGCGAAUCCACACUGGGGAGAAACCAUAUAAGUGUGAUGCUUGUGCGAAAGCCUUUAGUCAGAGCUCCGAUCUUAUUCUCCAUCAGCGAAUCCACACUGGGGAGAAACCAUAUCCGUGUAAUCAGUGUAGCAAAAGUUUCAGUCAGAAUUCAGACCUUAUUAAACACAGAAGGAUUCACACUGGAGAGAAGCCAUAUAAAUGUAACGAAUGUGGAAAGGCGUUUAAUCAGAGUGCAGUCCUCAUUCUGCAUCAAAGAAUUCAUACCGGAGAGAAACCCUACCUAUGUAACCAGUGUACCAAAACCUUCAGUAGGCUUUCAGAUCUUAUUAACCAUCAGCGAAUUCACACUGGAGAGAAGCCGUACCCGUGUGGUCAGUGCAGUAAAAUGUUCAGUAGGAGGUCGGAUCUUGUUAAACAUUAUAGAGUCCACACUGGGGAGAAGCCCUAUGAAUGUGAGUGUGGGAAGGCUUUCAGUCAGAGCUCCAACCUUAUUCUCCACCAGAGAAUCCACACCGGGGAAAAACCCUAUCCCUGCAGUGCCUGUGCCAAGAGUUUCAGUCGCCGUUCAGAUCUCAUAAAGCAUCAAAGAAUACAUACUGGCGAGAGACCAUAUACAUGUGAUCUGUGCAAUAAAAGCUUCAGUCAAAGUUCAGACCUCACUAAACAUCAGAGAAUGCAUUCUGGUGAAAAGCCCUACCGCUGUGAUAGUUGCAGCAAAGCCUUUAGUCAGAGUUCUGACCUCAUCCUUCACCGUAGAACCCACACAGGAGAAAAACCCUAUGCGUGCUCGCUGUGCACCCGAAGUUUCAGUCAGAAUUCAGACCGUAUCAAACACCAGAGAAUCCACACUGGGGAGAAGCCGUACAGUUGUAAUGUGUGUGGGAAGGCGUUCAGUCAGUGCUCAGCCCUUACCCUUCACCAGAGAAUCCACACGGCAGAGAAACCGUACCCAUGUGCUCAAUGCGGUAGAAGCUUUAGUAGGCGCACUGAUCUCUUUAAUCACCAGAGAAUACACAUUGGGGAAAAACUGCAAAUAUGAUAUCUGUGUGAAACUGCUGGGAACAGUCCUUCUGUACACUGUGAGUAUGUGUACUCUCACUGGCUAAUGAAAAGCUGACAGGCCGGUAGCCAGACAGGAAGUUAGGCGGCAAACCAAACUGAGAAUAAUGGGAAGAACGGGGUGGAGUCAGGCAGACGUCCUAGCUGCCUUGGUAGCAAGACAUGCUAGAGGAUAGGUAAUAGUUUAGUAGUAAUGGGUUAAUUUAAGUGUAAGAGUUAGUAACAAACCUGAGCUAUCGGUCAAGCAUUUAUAAUUCAUAUUCAGCCUCUGAGUUAGUUAUUUGGGACCCAGCAGUUGGGACAGGAAGCAUCCGUUUACAGGAAACCUUUCGGUACUGUGACCAGUCUCACUGAAUAUCAAAGGAUGCACAUAGAAGAGAAUCUCUACCCUAGCUUCUGGGUAGUAGACAUUUUAACAAACCUGAUCGUGGUAACUUUAAGAAAACCCAUUCUAGCCAGGUGGUGAUAGCACACGCCUUUAAUUUCAGCACUCAGGAGGCAAAGGCAGGCAGGUCUACACAUCAAACUCCAGGACAGCAAAGGGUACACAGAGGAAAAAAGA